CCACAUCUUUCGGUACACCCCCAUCUUGUUCGCCAGGGACGACAGAGCCCGGGGAGUCCCAAGAAGAGCAGGCACCAGGGACCAUACUCGGACCUUGGACCCCCAGGUCACAUGCAACAUGGCCAGCCCCCUUUCCCAGAGCCUAAACAUAAGCAAAUGAGGGGGUGUCAAAGCAAUUGAGCCCUGGGGUGGGCUUGAAGCAUACAAACAGCGGUGCCCAGAAAGCAGCACCCAACACCUCUGCCCCCACCUCCCAGGACACCCAAAGAAAAGCAGCCACCAUGCAUCUCCCUGAAAGCCUGCAGGACCUGGCAGACAGUGAAACUGUCCGCUUUCUGAAGAGACCAAAGAGCAUCUCAAGGGUCUGCGGAGGGGUCUUUUCCCUGGUCAUCUUUUCCUCUCUACUAAUUGAUGGUUACCAGAACAGGGCAGAGUCUCCUGAGCUCCACUGUGUCUUCAACCGCAAUUACGUGGCCUGCGCCUUCGCAGUAAGAGCUGGCUUCCUGUCCUUCCUCAGCAGCUUGGUCUUCCUUGCCCUAGACGCCCAUGAGAACCGUAUCAUAGAAAGCGGCUCUAAGACAGCCUUCCGGCUCUUAGACCUCAUCCUGGCCGUCAUCUGGGCAGGUGUCUGGUUUGGGGCCUUCUGCUUCCUAGCCAACCAGUGGCAGCAUUCGAAUUCCAAGCAUUUCCUCACGGGGAACAGCAGCCCCAAGGCAGCCAUUGCCUUUGCUUUCUUCUCCGUCCCUGUCUGGAUAUUCCAGGCGUACCUGGCCUUCCAGGACCUCCGAAAUGAGGCUCCAUUCCCCUACAAGCGCUCCCAGGAUGAGGGUGCUGUGGUGCUGAACACCCUUUCCCCGUCAUCCACCAGUAGUCCUGCCAACCCUCCCACCACAGGCCCCAACAGUGUGAGUUACAGCAGCUCAGCCCUGUCCCCCUACCUGACUACUCCAAAGGCCCCCCGCCUGGCUAUGAUGCCAGACAGCUGA